AACUCUGCCCAUCAUUGUCAUGCAUGCUUUCUUUGCUAAGAUUAGUUGGGAAAAACCAUUCAAAUGAUAUGCUGAAACUUAAAGUCCUGUUGAGCAUGUCAGCUCCUUUGGCCAAUAACAGGGAUGUCCUUGUAAGGUCACAAUCUUGGCUUAAAUCCGUUCUAGAUUGGACCAUAAUUUAAUCUUCUUUGGCAAAUAGCCUGAAUGCCCUUAUUAUCAAGCUAUCUUUUGUCAAAAACUAACUACUCUCAACCUAUUUUCCUUCUUUUAUUAUCUUUUCAUGAGCUACUUUCCCAAGGGUUCAAGCAAAAAUAUAGAAAACAAUGACCUAACUGCACUUCCACUUGACACCUAUUGUAAUGAUAAAAACUGCUCAGCUCUCGUUAAGACGUUCUCUUCAAUUUUAAAAACUUUUGGUUUACAACCCAUUCCUAUCUCCAAGUACUUCCCAAUGCUAUCUUGAACCAGUCCACACCCUAAAGACCAACUCAUGGCUGCCAUGAUCAUUUCAUCAAGCUCAUGCAUCCACCCAAUUUUCGGCUUAAUAGUCUUGAUGAUUCUUCCCUUGCUUUUCACUUCUGCAGAUCCUGAUGCAUUGCAGGACUUCUGUGUUGCUGACCUAAAAGCCUCAAUAUCUGUUAAUGGCUUUCCCUGCAAACCUGCGUCAGAAGUGAUUUCCGAUGAUUUUUUCUUUGAUGGACUGAGCAAAGAGGGUAACACAACCAAUAUUUUUGGUGUGAAUGUCACAGUCGGAAACGUGAGAACGUUUCCUGGCCUCAACACACUUGGAAUCUCGAUGAAUCGAGUUGAUUUAGCUCCUGGUGGCGAAAACCCGCCCCACUCGCAUCCACGCUCAACCGAGUCCGGGGUGGUCAUUGAAGGAAGAGUCCUUGUAGGGUUUGUCACAACUGGGAAUGUGUUCUACUCUAAAAUUUUGACUGCUGGGCAGAUGUUUGUGAUCCCUCAGGGGCUGGUGCAUUUUCAAUUCAAUGUUGGAGAAGGAAAGGCACUGAUCUUUACAGCUUUUAAUAGUCAAUUGCCUGGUUCUGUGAUUGUCCCCCUCACUCUGUUUGCUUCAAAGCCUUCAAUUCCUGAUGAAGUAUUGAGUAAAGCUUUUCAAGUAGAAGAAGAUGUUAUCAGUGGCAUUAAAUCCAAGUUUGGUUCUUAGAACUGUCCUUGAACAAAUUCCACUUUUGUGUUUGAGAAGUGUUGGUGAUUCCUGUGCCCUACCAGUUUUUAUCUAUUUUUCUUGUUUAGCAUGCAUCGUCGGGCAGACCCGGUGCAAAAGCUUCCCAUCCAUAGCAAGGUCUGGGAAAAAUAAGUAAUUAACAUAUUUACUCUCAUUCUAGAGAGGCUAAUUCCCAGACUCCUGCCACACAACCUUCUGUAACUAUAAAUCCUAGAUUGUAAUUUUACAACCCAAGCAAAAAUA